ACGAAACAAAAUAUUUCCGGUUGUGUAUUUUGCAUCAAAAAAGGUAUGUGUAUGCCUUGCAGCACACAGGUUUACUUUGACAAUCGUUAAAAAUGCCAAGUGAAAUCACUGUACAUAAAAUGCAAACGUGAUAGUUUAAUUGAUCCAAAGAUGAAAUGACUCUAAAGAUUUAGAGAGAAAUGGACAAACAUAGGUUGUUACAGCAGUUUGUGGACAGGGUCAACUGUAAUCCUGAUGUGGCUCAUGAUAUCCUCACAAAAGCAGACUGGGAUCAAAAUCAAGCCAUUAGAUUGUUUGAUGAACUUGUCCGAGUUGGUAGAAUCCGACCAUACUAUCCACCUACUCCUUCUAACAGCCAGCUUAGGCCAACACUUCGACCCAUUCCUGUAGAACAUGUCAGGACGGGAAUAGGUCAUGCAACAGCUAAAUCUGGCCACAUACAAGCACCAGCAACUGUAAGACCAAGUAAUAUGGAAAAACCAGCAGUAGGAGCCUGGUCUAGUCAAGGUCCAGCAGGUAGACCACUGAGUCAACCAAUAAAAGUUAAUUCAGGUAAUGAUAACAAAACAGUAGCUCCACGUCCUGCAAGUGAAAUUUUGUCUAAACCAGCUCCUUCUAAGCCUGAACAUAAUGCCAUCGGACAGAAUGUUUCACUAAUUAAUAUCAGUGCCAACAGAAUUAGUACUGGUAGUACAGAUUCCGUCUUUUUACCAGCAACUCCUGCCAAGGGAAAUAACUCUAGUCUGCAAGUACAGAAAAACAGUAUGCCAAUGAAAUCACCUCCAGCUUCACCCAAAAUUUUGAAGAGAGGUAUAUCAAAGAUUAUGGAAAAUGAGACACUUGUUAAGCAGACACAAACCAAGCUUCUCCAUGACAUUGAAGAAGAUAGUAAGGAUCACUUGUACACACAAACGUUUAUGUUACCAGAUCUAACAGUGUACACUGCUGACUUCAGGGCAUUCCUUGAGAAAGAGUUGAUAGAGACUUCCACCCUGGUGUCUUUAGAACAAGCAGGAAGAUUAAAUUGGUGGGCAGACAUGGGAAUUUGCCAAAGGUUGAUACCCAUGGCAACCACUGGGGAUGGAAACUGUCUUUUACAUGCAGCUUCUCUUGCAAUGUUGGGUAUCCAUGAUAGACAGUUAAUGUUGAGGAAAGCUUUGUAUGACUCGCUAACAUGUAAACCAUAUUGUACAGCACUUAAAAGAAGAUGGAGAUGGCAUCAGACACAACUAAAUUUACAGUAUGGUUUAGUAUUUUCUGAAGAAGAAUGGCAAAAAGAAUGGAAUAGUGUGUUAAAGUUAGCAUCAUCAACUCCAAGAUCAUUUCCUUGGAAUAACCGAAGGAAUAGCAGCUGUUGUGACAGCCCUGUAACGAAUAGCAAUUCUGGUGAUGAUGUAGACCCAGUUGUUUAUGAAAGUUUAGAGGAAUUCCAUGUCUUUGUCCUGGCUCAUGUUUUACAGCGUGCCAUAAUUAUUGUAGCAGAUACCAUGCUGAAGGAUACUCAUGGUGACGCUUUAGCACCAAUACCUUUUGGAGGGAUUUAUCUCCCCUUAGAAUGUAAUCCAGCCACUUGUUAUAGGUCACCAUUAUUGUUGACAUAUGAUGCUGCACAUUUUUCUGCUCUUGUUCCCAUGGAAAAAGAGAAAUCUCAGAAAGAUAAGCCUAGUCUUCCGUUAUCUAUUCCAUUAGUUGGACCAGAUCUAAAGCUAUUACAGUUACAUUUCAACGUGGAUCCAGGAGCAAACUUUAACUUUUCUUCUGGUACAGGUAACUCUCUUGCCAAAGUAAAAACAACUUUAUCUCCUGAAGACCAUAUGAAUUUGUUACAAAAAUAUAUGGAUUUGGAACGUAUACCAUAUGUUGAAUCUGAUGUGGAUAGUGACACAGAUCGUAAAUCUAGUGGAUCAUAUGAUUCUGAUGAUAAUAUAGCCUGCAUAGGGAAAGAGAAAAAGAAGGAUGGAAAAGGAUCUAAACAAAGUGUGUCAAAACAGUUUGGGAGUUUAGGUAAGACUGUUGGUAAAAAGUUAAAGAAAAAUUUUGGAAAUGUUGGAAAGUCUCUAAAAGCAAUGGGUCCAGAUAAUGAAAAAAGUCGUAAAGCCUCAAUUGGAAGUGGACUUACACAGAGUACAAAGGUUCCCAUGACGAUAGCAGCCAUGAUUGAUCAGGAACAAAAGUUUGUAUGGACAGCCAAACUUAAUGUUAAAAUAACAGAUGAGCAAACUAAAAUGAUAGGGAAUUAUCUUAAAAGUGCUGAAGGCCGUUUUCGAGAGGAACGUUCACUCCUGAAAGCUGCUGGCGAUGAGAUACGGAGACGUUCGAUAGGAGCUUCUUUACAGGAUUUGCAUACAUCUGGAACACCAGUCAGAUGUGUAAAUUCUGAAUGCCAGUUUAUUGGAAAUGUAGAUACACAUUAUCUUUGUUCAAAAUGUUUUGAAGAGCAAAAAAUUGCAACUCUUGACCGUAAUAGGCCUUUGAAAGAAAAUUAUGCUACGUAUCCUGGACGUGUUCCAAAACAAAAUUCUGAGGUUGAAACCUAUGGGAAGUCAAAGUUUUAUACUCAUGUAGGUGAGGAAGAGGCAUCAGAAUUAGCCAAGGUAAAUCUUCGUAAUAAACCAAAUCCAACACCUAACACCAAUUCUGCUGAUACCAGGAGUCGUUCUACAGGAAAUGUUCCAGUGAACAAAUAUUCAAGACAAAGGACACCAUCACCAGAUUAUGAUAAUGUUGAAUACAAAGUUAAUUUGAAAACCCAACCUUCUCCGAAACUUCUGCCAAAAAUUCAAAAUAUGACUGCUAACAAACAGACAACAAGACCUGCAUCUAUGUCUGGGACUAAUGGUAAACCAGAACCAGUACCUGUUCCAAGUAAACCACUCUCAACUACCACAAGUGUUCAGUCCACAAACCGUCCCGUUGGCCCUGCAGGAACAAGACACUGUCAAACGCCAGGAUGUGAAUUUUAUGGCAGUGAAAAAACUGAUUAUUUGUGUUCAGCUUGUUACAAAGUGAGACAAAAAAGCAAUGACUACAUUAAAACUAGGUUGUAGGACUAUAAUAUAUAUCAAUUAGCUUUAUCAAUUCAAUAAUUUAGAAAGAUGAAAGUAGUAGCACUGUUGUUUAUUUAGCAAAUAUUUCCAACUUGAGCGGUAAAAGUACUGAUAGAAAAUCUGUUGUAUACUGUAGCCUUUGACUUCUCAUGUAUAUGUUAGGGGACUUAAAGUUUUUACUAUAUAAAAUAUGUGUAUCAUUAGCAGUGCCACAGUGUACUAGAAAAUGUUUAUGUUGACAUGAUUGCAAUUCUGUUAGGGUGUUUGCACUUUACACAAUUAUUCAUAGUUUUGCUUAUACCUCCAUGAUGCUUUCAGUUGUACUGUAUUUUUAUGGUGUUUACAAACUUGGCAGAAAACAAUUUGGUAUGAUAAUAAUGACAGAUGAGAGGUUUAGAUUGAAAUUCUUCUGAUAGAGCUGAGUUCAAAAUUUUUUUGAAAAUUAUACAUUUUUUUCUUUCUUUAAAAUUGACAGCUUUAAAUUGUAAAGGAUCUUGAAAUACUGCAUUUAUAUUCCCUGUUUAUCUAAGUUAAGACAUACCUGUCAACCUCUGAAAAUGAAAAUGCAGUUCAUGACCCGCAUUGAAGAAGAAAAUCUCAGGUCAUAACAUGUAUGAACUUUUUUCAGCUGAAUUUAAGUAUUUUAUAGGGGACAUUUUUUUUUAUAUCUUAACUUUUAAAGAUACUAUACAUAAAAGAAUUAAAGAAUGAGUUUCCUUAUAAAAAUGUUUAGUUUUUUGAAAAGAAUACUUUAAUAAUUAGAUAUUAUACCUAUCAUCUGCUCAACACACAAUAAGAGCUUCUUUAUAUCAGAUAUUUUGCUGUGCUCACUUGCCAAAUAAAAAUCUUACUGUCUCUGAAUACUGUUAUAUUGUUUUAUAUUGAAUAAUAUUUUACUAUAUUAUUUAAAUGUAGUAAACUUAACAAACUAACUCUUGAUUUAUUUGUUUGUUCUAUUUAAAGCAUGACAGUAAAUUCAUAUGCAGUUGGAAAAUAAUUGAGGGAAAAUAAGCAACUUUAUGAAUAAAUGAUUUCAAAAUAUAAUCCGUUUUCUUAUGAAAUAAAUGCUACUAGUAUCCAUUUGGUAUUUUAGAUGUAUAAAAAGAUGGCUUUAUACUUUGUAAUGAAGUCUGUUGAAGGGUUGUUGCUUGAAUGCUAACAUGCCAGAGGAAUUUUAACACACCAUCACAUAGAUAUGACCAUUAUAUUAUUUAUUAUCUAGUGAUAUCCUUUUUACACAAUUUUUUUUUUUUUUUUGCUUUAUAAAUGUUAGUGAAUAAUUUUGUGAUAUGUUCUUAUAUCAUUAUAAGAACAAACACAUAUACCUGUAUCAGGCCUUCUGUUAUAUAUUGAUUGGUACUAUUAUCAUCGAGCUUGUUGUUAAGUAAUAUUUAUUUUAGUUUAAAUUAUAUUUUCUUUUAUUUUAAAAAACUUAUUAAUUAAUGUAUAGUGCUUGUUAUCUGCAUAGCUGUUUCGAUAUAUUUACAUAUUUACAAUGUUCUUUUUCUCAAUUUAUUUAUUUGUCUGUUGUCUGUAUUUAAACAAAUAACAUAAAUAUCAGAAAACUGAAAAUAACAUAAAAUGUGAAAGCUGUUAUAACAGCAACACUUUAAAUUUGAAAAUAACAUUGAUAUCUGAAAAUAACAUAGCUAUCAGAUAACUGCAAAUAACAUAGAUAUCUGAAAACUGAAAAUAAAAUAGGUAUCAGAAAACUGAAAAAGAUAUAGAUAUCAGAAAACUGCAAAUAAUCUAGAUAUCUGAAAACUGAAAAUAACAUACCGGUAGAUAUCAGAAAACUGAAAAUAACAUAGAUAUCAGUUUCUUUCUUUACCUUGGUUAGAUUUUGUCAAGUUUUGUUUGUGGAAAAGAACUAUAUUUCACAAAUGUAGCAGUUGAAUGAUGAUUCAUAGUUAUCAUAUAAAGUAUCAUCUACCAAGGUUGUAGAAGAAAGAGACCAAUCAUUACCUCUUGAUGGGGCUCGGAGUCCCCUCCAGUAGGGUACCACCCUUAGGUCUCAAGGUCAUGAUUAAAAUUUUAAAAUAAUAAAAUAUUUGAAUAAAAGUUUUUGAACAAUUUUAAGGUCUCAGGUCCUUUCAAAUGAGACAUCAGGUUGCAAGGUUGCAAUGUCAGAUUUUACCAUGUUGGAGCCAACUGGAUAGGGAAUGCACAAUUAUUAUCAAGUUAUGUCAUUUUUUUCCUCCCAUUGCAUAAUUUCUUAUAGGGCUUUAAUUGUUCAUGCAUAAUUUACUUUGUGUUUGCUUUACCUUUUUUUAUUUAUGUUAUAGCUAUUGUGAUUAACUUAUUACUUUGAAGUAAACAAAAAUAACAUGUUACCAUAUUUUCCAGAUUUCAAAUAUUUGUGAAGUAAAUUUCUGUUACCUUAGUAAACAUGGUUAAUAAAAUGAAUUAUAACGAUAAAUUUGUAGAAGAGCCAAUGGUUGCCACUUAGUUUACUUUGAUAGAAUGACCUCUUAACAAAACUCUAACCAAGAUUGAUUGUUUGCAGUUUUAUUAAUAAAAGAAGGAGUAAACUAACAACCAUUUUACUUUUUAAAUUCAUAGACAUUUCACGGUAUCAUAUCUAAUCUUAACAAAAACUGCUGUUCUCCUAAAGUCUUGAAAGUGUUGCUUUUUUGGGGUUUUUUGUUUGCCAAUUGUUAAGUUUAUGCAUUAUUAUUUAGUGUUUACAUUUUUGGAAAUUGCAAUGAUACUAUUGAAUUUUAGUCAUUUCAAGGUACUGUUUCUCAAAAAGACUGUAUGGAGGAGCUGUAACCAAUCGUUUUGUUAGUUGUAAACUUAAAACAUCGUAAAACUGUUAAAUUUAAACAUACAUGGUACACAGGGAAGGCCCUAUUUAAAAUUGGGUAGGGUAACCACCUAUAGAGGCAAAGUUAGAAUUUAACCUACAUUUUCACUGUACUUGACACUCACUCACAGUUUGAGAAGUGCCUUCCAUUGUUUACAUGUAUGAUUUAAUAAAACAGCUCAAACAUUCUUAGAUGGAAUUAUAUCUUGAUGUUUCUGCAAAGUAAAAAUGUAUUGAUUUUUUUUUUUUUGUAUUUAAGAUGUAAGAGGUGAAUAUGUUGCUAGAGUGUUUUGCACAAAAAUGUUUUAUCUGGCCAUCAACUAUUAUACUGCACAAAUGAUGGUGUGCAAAUGAACUUGCAAUAUUUGUUAAGUAUAUUGUUCAACUUGUUCCCUGGUAUCUGGCCUUUCACAAAAAAAAUCACAAGAAAUAUUACAACUAAAAUUGAUGACUUGUAAUAUUUUUGGGUGAAAGGCCUGGUUCUCUUUAUGUCAUAUUCUAUUUAUGUGGUAAUAGCUUGCAUACAAGCAAUAUAUACUUCUUUGGUAAACAAGGACAGAGUCUUGUAUUGUUAAAAUCUUUAGCAUCUUUUAUAAGUGAUAAAUAUUAAAUCUUUCUGGAAGAACAGGUUUGUACUAAAAUUCACAACUUAUAUUAAAUAAGUAGACAUGAUAGAAAGAAACCAAUUUGUUUUUAGAUAUGCAAAUUUAUACAUGAUGUUGUUGUGGAAUAUGUGUGUACAUACAUGAUUAUUUAUUAUUGUUUAUUUAAAGGUUGAAUGAAAUAAAUUUGUUAAUUGCUUUUC